AUGGAGCAUGAUCGCUCGGCGACCAGUAGCACUUCACUGGGAAAAGGUGCAGGAGUACGGUCUUCCAGCGAGUCUCCGUCCGGGAGCACCAGUGCGUCCACCAAAUCAGAUCAGACAGGAAGUUUGGCCCCGAUUCGAAGCGCAGGUCCAGAAAGUCGACCUGAAACAGUCCAAGAAAACGACUCGGUCGAUGAAGAGCUUGCCCGCUCGCUGUCUCGUCGACGUACCUGGGCCUCUGGUCACGAAGGUGAUGAGUGGACCCAGAUUGAGAAGUUGAUUUCGCGGAUGUUCGGGCGUGAACGCAAGGCCAACUCCGAGGAAGAGAAAACGCGACACGUCGGGGUCAUAUGGAAAGAUCUUACUGUGAAGGGACUAGGCUUGGGAGCAGCACUGCAGCCAACCACCGGCGACAUAAUUCUCGGCAUACCCAGGCUGAUAAAGGGCAUAUUACGCAAAGGAAUGACUCGCACUGAUGCCGGAAAGAUGGAGACCAGAACAAUCCUCGAUGAUUUUACGGGCUGUGUUCGACCCGGAGAGAUGUUGCUGGUCCUUGGUCGCCCCGGAUCUGGCUGCUCAACAUUCUUGAAAGUAAUCGGCAAUCAGAGAUCCGGAUACGAGAGUAUCGUGGGUGACGUGCGAUACGGAGGAACUGAUUCUACUACAAUGGCAAAGAAGUAUCGCUCAGAAGUUUCGUACAAUCCCGAGGACGAUCUCCAUUAUGCGACACUGACAGUGCGCGAUACCCUGAUUUUCGCAUUGAAAACCAGAACACCCGACAAACAAUCCCGAAUCCCUGGAGAGAGCCGAAAUAAUUACCAACAAACAUUCUUGUCAGCAAUUGCCAAGCUGUUCUGGAUUGAACACGCGCUGGGUACUCGAGUUGGAAAUGAGCUCAUCCGCGGAAUAUCUGGAGGAGAGAAGAAGCGUGUCUCUAUAGGAGAGGCCAUGGUCACAAAGGCUAGCACCCAGUGCUGGGAUAAUUCAACUAGAGGCUUGGAUGCGAGCACGGCACUCGAAUAUGUUCAAAGCUUGAGGAGCCUGACAAAUACUGCGCACGUCUCGACUCUCGUGGCUCUGUACCAGGCAUCAGAAAACUUGUUCAAUUUAUUUGACAAGGUGAUACUCAUUGAAAAUGGAAAAUGUGCUUUUUUCGGCCGCUCAGAAGAUGCAAAGGCCUACUUUGAAAAGCUAGGAUUUGAGUGCCCACCACGAUGGACGACUCCCGAUUUUCUGACCUCUGUCAGUGACCCGAAUGCAAGACGUGUUAAGGAAGGAUGGGAGAACAGGAUUCCCCGUACGGCAGAAGAAUUUCGAAUCGCGUUUCGUCAAAGUGAUGCUUUCAAAGCAGUACACGCCGACAUCGAAGAUUUUGAGGCAGAAUUGCAAGCGACAGAGGCCGAAAGGGAAACGGCUAGGGCGCAGAUCACCACCAAGAAUUACACUGUUCCAUUUUGGAAACAGGUUAUGAUCCUCACCCAUCGACAAUUUCUAGUAAUGUUCGGCGAUCGAGCUGCACUGGCAGGAAAAUGGGGAGUUAUCAUCUUUCAAGCUCUCAUCGUCGGGAGUUUGUUCUUCGAUCUUCCCAGCUCUAGCUCCGGUGUCUUCACACGAGGAGGUGUUAUGUUCUUCAUUUUGCUGUUCAAUUCUCUUCUUGCCUUGGCCGAGCUUACUGCUGCAUUUGAGAGCCGACCUAUUUUGAUGAAGCACAAGAGUUUCUCCUUCUAUCGUCCGGCGGCAUAUGCUUUGGCGCAGGUUGUCGUGGACAUACCCUUGGUGUUUAUUCAAGUGGUUCUCUUUGACUUGAUUGUAUACUUCAUGGCAAAUCUCGCACGAACGGCAUCUCAAUUUUUCAUCAACCUCUUGAUAAUAUUCACUUUAACAAUGACGAUGUAUUCUUUCUUUCGUGCCCUCGGGGCUUUGUGCGCAUCGCUUGAUGUUGCCACUCGUCUCACAGGAGUUGCGAUUCAGGCACUUAUCGUAUAUACAGGAUAUCUAAUCCCACCUUGGAAAAUGCACCCCUGGCUAAAAUGGCUUAUCUGGAUCAAUCCAGUGCAGUACGCUUUUGAAGCACUGAUGGCAAAUGAAUUUUACAAUCUGGAUAUCAAAUGCGAGCCACCAUACGUUGUUCCCGAUGGACCAAAUCUCUCACCCACCCAUCAGAGUUGUGCUAUUCAAGGAAGCAUACCUGGAAGCUUGAUUGUCCAGGGAUCGCGCUACAUUGAGACAGCCUAUACGUAUUCCCGCGCUCAUCUCUGGCGAAAUUUCGGCAUCAUAAUCGCCUGGUUCCUGUUCUUCGUUUUUCUGACGAUUCUUGGGAUGGAAAUUCAAAAGCCUAACAAGGGAGGAAGCUCUGUAACCGUUUUCAAAAGAGGCGAGGUUCCAAAGGCUGUUGAGGAUGCAAUCGAGCAUAACAGGCCACCCGCAGAUGAAGAAUCAGCCCAGAAGAACAAUUCUGCUGGGAUGGGAGACAAUGAAACUGAAAAGGAGGCCCGAGAUAUUGCUAAAAACACUUCGAUCUUUACCUGGCAGAAUGUGAGCUACACCAUCCCAUACAAAGGAGGACAGCGAAAACUCCUGCAAGACGUCCAUGGCUAUGUCAAACCGGGAAAACUUACUGCGCUCAUGGGGGCCUCUGGUGCUGGGAAAACGACCCUCCUUAACGCCUUGGCUCAGCGUAUCAAUUUUGGAGUCGUCUCUGGAGACUUCUUGGUCGACGGGAAACCUCUCCCUAAGAGCUUCCAAAGGGCAACCGGGUUUGCUGAACAAAUGGACAUCCACGAGCCAACAGCGACCGUUCGCGAGUCAUUGCGAUUUUCGGCCCUCCUGCGACAGCCCAAAGAGGUGCCACUCAAGGAGAAAUAUGACUACUGUGAAAGGAUCAUUGACUUGCUGGAAAUGCGAUCCAUCGCUGGAGCUACAAUCGGAUCUACUGGCUCCGGUCUCAAUCAGGAGCAACGAAAGAGGCUCACAAUUGCGGUCGAGCUUGCAAGCAAGCCUGAGUUGUUGCUCUUUUUGGAUGAACCGACAUCAGGACUAGACUCCUUAGCGGCUUUCAACAUUGUCCGGUUUCUCCGCAGACUCGCAGAUGCAGGCCAAGCCGUUCUCUGCACGAUCCAUCAACCAUCAGCUGUUUUGUUUGAACAGUUUGAUGAGCUCCUCUUGCUUCAGAGUGGUGGGCGAGUCGUUUACAAUGGUACUCUGGGGCCCGACUCGAAAACGCUCAUUGAAUACUUUGAACGCAAUGGGACAAAGAAAUGCUCGCCUUUUGCAAACCCUGCAGAGUACAUGCUCGAGGUCAUUGGUGCCGGAAAUCCGGAUUACAAAGGUCAGGACUGGGGUGAUGUAUGGGCCAGGUCGCUGGAAUCCACACAGCUCUCCCAAGAGCUGGAAGGUAUUAUCAGUUCUCGCCGUGGCAUACAAAAUGAUGGGACAAUUCAGGAUGACCGAGAAUACGCCAUGCCUCUAUACACUCAGAUAGUGGCAGUAACCAAAAGAGCUUUCGUGGCGUACUGGAGGCUCCCCGAUUACAUUCUGGGAAAAUUUAUGCUUCACAUAUUCACAGGGCUUUUCAACACAUUUACCUUUUGGCAUCUGGGAAACAGCUACAUCGACAUGCAAUCGAGACUCUUCUCCAUUUUCAUGACCUUAACAAUUUGUCCCCCACUUGUGCAGCAAUUACAGCCGCGGUAUCUACAUUUACGGGGUCUUUACGAGUCGCGAGAAUCGAACUCCAAAAUAUAUUCUUGGAUUGCCUUUGUUGUCAGCACAAUUUUACCCGAACUGCCAUAUUCGAUUGUGGCGGGUUCUAUCUACUUCAACUGUUGGUAUUGGGGAGUCUGGUUCCCGCGUGACUCUUUCAGUUCUGGGUAUACCUGGAUGCUUCUGAUGGUGUUUGAAUGCUAUUAUGUUGGCUUCGGACAGUUCAUCGCAGCGUUUGCACCCAAUGAACUCUUCGCCUCCCUCCUUGUCCCGUCAUUUUUCACUUUCGUCGUUUCAUUUUGUGGUGUUAUUGUCCCCUACGUUGCUCUGCCUCAUUUCUGGCAGUCAUGGAUGUACUGGCUUACCCCAUUCCACUAUCUCCUUGAGGGAUUUUUGGGGGUCGCAACUCACAAAAUACCCAUCCGCUGCGUCGAACGCGAAGAGGCUCGAUUCAGUCCCCCACCAGGCCAGACUUGCGAGCAGUACGCUGGUGCCUAUGCGCAAGAAUCGGGCGGAUACGUCCGUGAUGCUGGCAGUGGACUGUGUGCCUUUUGCCAGUAUUCCUCGGGUGAUCGAUUUGCUGCGAGUUUCAAUGUCUUCUAUACACACAAAUGGAGAAACUACCCCUCGUGGGGGCGCUUCACCUCUCCGCGCCGAAAGCUUGGCAGCUCCUCGGAUGUUCUCUUCACCAACUCCCAACCGGUUUCUCUCAAGCGCAAGGUGGCCUUUCGUGCCCCUCAGAACUCGCCCUCCCUCCCACCUCCGACCGCCUCACCAACAAUGAAGGAAGAAGACACCAGAGAGACGCCAGAAGAGUCGCGUACGGAAGAGCACCCUAACUCGAGUUCCAAGUCGGCCAAUCAUGCGGUGAAAGAUCGGAAAUGCCAAUAUUGUGGUCAGGCAUUCACGUCCUCGUCGCUGGGCCGCCAUCUGGACCAGUUUCUCUUCAAGAAGAAGCCCGACGGAGUUCAUGACGUUGAGGAGAUCCGGCGCAUUCGCAGUGGAAUCACUCGUCGCCAGGCCCGCACUGCCUCGGGCAAGCGUGAUGGUAGCCCCGACUCUGCCCAGCGAAAAGGCCCCUCCGACAGCUAUACGGUCGGGGAUCCGAGCAGCAAGCCGCGCGACGCACCAGUGCGCAUGAUGUUCAACACACCGACCUGGCACGCAACAGGCGUCAUUAAUGACAUACCGAACCCGAGUCGUACAUUGGAAGGUCCUCGUGUUGCACCAUCACAAUCACGGUCGGGAUCUCUGCAGCUGCCCGAUUACGCGAGCAGAGGUGCCACGGCCAACAAUCCAGACACCCUGAAAGCUGUGGAGUUGGCACUCCACGAAGUGCUUGACAAUAUCAAGGCAGCUACUUCUCGAUACCGCCCUCGACCAACCCCGUUCGACUUCGAUCUCGAGGCCCAGACCUUCCCUUCUCUCUGCCUACAGCUCCUGCCUCCUCCUCCGACCAUCUUCGCUUCCCACCCAUUCCCGACCCUGACAUCCUUCCCACUACAACCGCCCGGCCAUGAAUAUCUUGAUAUUGUCCGACAAGCCAUUCUUUCCAAGAUCUCACAAUGGCAGUCUGAACGCAUCGCGGCGCAUUCGACUAGCGACCGAAGCCAUUCGGAUCGAAUGUUCGAUAAUGGCAGAGUAUAUCGGGAUGGACAACAACAUGAAGAAGCAAGUAUGAGACAUCUCGAGUUGGCCUUCGGCCACUGGAACGCGCUACCUUAUGAAGCACGUCGCGAAGCUUGGCAGCUUGAAACGACACGCGCAUUUGUGAGAGAAUCGGAGAAGCGUCGGUUGAUUGAUGAGCAGCUUGCUCGAGUACAACAAGAAGCAAACCAGUUACGUGCUCAAGUCGAUCGACUUGGAUCGUGCCAGUGGCCACGCGAGUUUGCGCUGUUCCCACCUGAUACGCUUCCUCUCUCGCGCGAUGUGACGCGAGAGCUGGAUACUGCUAAGAGUCAGAUAAGUCCAGCGUCCUCCAGGUGGGACUAUGACAAGGUGGUUGCCAAAUGGAAACGGGUUGUUAUGCAUGACAGGAGCAUGGGCCGAAUCGGAGUGGGCUACAAUCCAACUACCGGUGGACUGGCCGAACCGGAAAGCAGCCAACUACGACAUAGUCCCGAUGUCCGCCCUCCUCGCCCAGGCGAAGAUACCUCUUCUCACCCGAACCGCUUGCGCCCCCUGCAAUCUGCUGUUGCGCUGAGUCCCGAUACGGGAGCUGUGUCCACACCGGCUUCCUCGACUCAGUAUAAUUCUCCAUAUUCUCAUGCCGACCCCCGUAGUCCUCCGAGCGCCAAUGUCAAGCGUCCGAGACUGAUGAAUGGAUCCGAGGGCCCACAAGUGCAAGAGCCGGCACCGAAUAACAAGCCUCCUGGACCCGGUCCUUGGCCCUCUUCUACUCCUAUCCUCUCGAAUCUUGCAGCGCCUUCCGGACAAACACCUCCUUCACGCCAGUGA